UGAUUUCUUUUCAUCGUAUCGCAGCGCAAGGAUGGAGCUAAUCAGGUGGCGGCCAUGAUUAAGUAUGCUGCCACUUCCACCAACGAGAGGAAGGCCAAGAUCAUCCGCUUGAUGGAAUAUUUCAGGCACAAUUUAGACCCGACCAUCAGCCACUUUGGCAUACGUCUGGGCAGUGACUUCAUCGUCGUGAAUACACGCACGCUCAAUGCGCCUCAGAUUGAGUACAAAAACAAUUUGGCCUCGGUGAUGAACGGUUCGUGGCGCAUGGAUGGCAUGCAAUUCCUUGAACCCAAGCCAAAGUCACAUAAAUGGGCCAUACUCUACGGCAAGAUUAACUACCUGUAAGUGGACGAGCUUCAGAAGAUGGUUCUUCAGAAGAGUCGCAAAGUCAAUCUGUGCCUGGAUGCCUAGGCCGAGAAACUGUACUACAAGGAUGAACGUGAACUAGAUGCUCAUUUCCGCUAUUUAAAAAAGAAUCAAUUUGAUGUGGUGUUCGUUAUUAUACCAAAUUUCGGGCACCUUUAUGAUGUCGUGAAGCAAAAGGCUGAGCUGCAGCACGGCAUUCUUACACAAUGCAUCAAGCAGAUCACAGUCGAGCGCAAAUGUAACGCGCAGGUUAUUGGUAGCAUUCUACUUAAGGUCAAUUCCAAACUUAACGGCACCAAUCACAAGCUAAGGGAUUACCUGCACUGUCUGCUAAAGAACACCAUGUUUUUGGGUGCCGAUGUGACUCAUCCGUCGCCCGAUCAGCGAGAGAUCCCCAGUGUGGUGGGUGUUGCCGCCUCCCACGAUCCAUUCGGGGCUUCAUAUAACAUGCAAUAUCGCUUGCAACGCUCUGCCCUGGAGGAGAUCGAGGACAUGGAGUCGAUAACCCUUGAGCACUUGCGUGUCUAUCAUAAGUUCCAAAAAUCCUACCCCGAGCACAUAAUCUAUUAUCGUGAUGGCGUAAGCGAUGGCCAGUUUCCCAACAUCAAGAAUAAAGACUGCACAUUAAGCCCAAGAUUUGCUGCGUCAUUGUAGUUAAGCGGCAUCAUACGCGCUUCUUUCCGAACGGAGUUCCAUCGCAAUACAACAAGUUCAACAACGUUGUUCCGGGAACCGUCGUCGAUCGCACCAUUGUCCAUCCCAAUGAGAUGCAGUUCUUCAUGGUCAGCCAUCAGUCGAUUCAGGGGACGG